AUGGCCGUUCGCGGUAUGGCAGUUCCAGCAGGAGCAAGUGCUGCACUUGUAGCUGCAGUGGCAGCUGACUACAGGCUACAGUGGACCCACGAUCUCUGGCUGGCUUGGAAGCUGGGGCCUAUUCUGGUCGGUGGCCGCAUGCGUAUGAACUGGGACAGUUACAACAUUGCUGACAUGUGGAAGGAAAGUGUGCGAAAAUUUGCACAUGAGACGUUCACCAUUUUUGAGCACCGGCGUCUGAGUUUUCAGGACUGUGACAACAUCUCGAAUCAAAUGGCGCAUUUCUUGCUCCAGCAAGGCUUGUGCCCUGGCCAGGUUUGUGCACUCAUGAUGGAGAACAAGCCAGAGUUUGUUUGCUGGUGGCUUGGCAUGGCAAAGAUCGGUGUCAAGGUGGCCAUGCUGAACUACAAUCUGACAGGCCGGGGCCUAGCACAUUGUGUCUCAGUGGCAGAAUGCUGCGCCCUGAUCUUUGACGAAGGAACAGAGGUAAACCUUCACAGCAUGGAUAGUCAGAUCAAGGAGACUGGCCUUCAGCUUUUCUGCUGGGGAGGCAAGCCUCAUCUGAACUUCUCUACAACACCCACUGUGGUGGACUACGACCUGCUGCUGAGCUUCCCAUAUCGAGGUGAUUUUGUUGAACUUCGCAAAGGCAUCAAUUUCACCGAUGUCUUUGGGUUCAUCUACACCAGUGGCACUACAGGCUUGCCCAAGGCGGCCAAAGUGACCCAUGCCCGGAUGUAUGGCUUGGGCGGUGUUAGCCGGCUGCUGGCCCUCCAACCAGGUGAUGUGCUGUACACUUGCCUUCCUCUUUACCACACUGCGGGCGGUGCUUUGGGAGCUAUGUCUUGCUUCUUGUCUGGGGCCACCAUGGCUCUGGCCAAGAAAUUCAGUGCUGCUCGAUUUUGGAGAGAGAUCUCCGAACAGCGAUGUACCGUCUUUCAGUACAUCGGCGAACUGGGCCGAUACUUGGUGAACUAUGCAAGGGAGCAUCCAGAAGUUUGUCACAUUCGACACAGACUUCGGGGAGCUAUCGGAAAUGGUCUCAGGCCAGAAGUCUGGGAUGAGUUCCAGGACAAGUUCAACAUCCCCGUGGUGGUGGAGUUCUAUGGUGCCACUGAAGGCAACGGCGCCCUCGUGAAUGUCUGCAGGAAGUCUGACCGGCAGCUACGAGGUGCCGUGGGCCGUGGAGGCUUGGGCUUUGACUUGGUGACAGGCUUCAAGAUUGUGAAGUUCGACGUAGAGAAUGAAUGCCCAAUUCGCGAUUCCAAAGGACAUUGCAUUGAAGCUGCGCCCGGUGAGCCAGGCGAGCUACUUUUCCCCAUCAAGGAAGACCAUCCUUCGAAACGGUUUGAUGGCUAUACAGAUCCCAAAGCGACGGAGAAGAAGGCCUUGGCUUUCAGUCAAGUUUGUGGGCUGGAGCAUGUUGGUUUUCAGAAAGUAUUUUUCCAUCAGCAAAAGACGCAGCCAAUCGCACUUCACUGUCUGAAACUUCUCAAGUGUCGGCUCAUUCUGAACGCAGCGAACGCCCUGAAACCAAGCAUGGCGGCGCUUGCCUUUCCGAAAGCGUUGGUGAUCAGCUCGGCACCAUUGAUUUAUUUGAAGCUUUUGCGAGCUCUGUAUGUCCAUUCCUACAGACGUUCCCCAGCUUUGGCCGAAGCACUUGGGAAUCUCUUGAAGUUCAUCGGAGCGGGUCUCUUUGCGGCGGGCCAUGGCUUGCAAUGCAUCCACAAGGGAUCCGCUGAAUACACCGAUUGGGGCUACAUCCUAGCUUGCACUCCAUGCCUGAAUAUCGCGUUUGGGGGUGCACUGUUGGGUCGGCCACAGCCAAGUGCAUUGUUGGCAUCUGGGUUGUUGCUCCAUGUGGCCUAUGACCCGUUGCUGCUUCGGGCAUGGCGUGCAGGAACCGAGAAAUUGUUGCCAGCCAUUGGAGUCUCAGCUGCCAUGCUAUUGACGUGGCUUGGUACCGUGGCCACCUCACUGGAGCACCAGCUCUUGACGCAGUCUCCGCUCCUGCCGGUUCCAGUUUCUCCAAGCGCCGGGAACAGCUGUGUUGAACACGCUUCGCAAGAAGUUCUUUUUUGA